CUGUGAUUUCAUUGGAUGUCGCGGCUGUCAAUCAUUAAGGUUGCUGGUCGUGGCAGCACUACAGACCGGCACGUGGCAACGAAAACUUUUACCCGUGCCUCACUCACCUCUCAGGAGAUCAGCAUGUCACCAUGGGUUAAACCGGUUUGCCUUGUUCUUGUGGCAGUGUUCAUGUUGUCCAGUACAACAGAGUCAAAGAAAGAUGAAGCAUUGUACUGUUCAGCCUGUGUGGCGAUUGCAGAGGAGCUGAACUAUUCAAUCAGUCAAACUGAUCCAAAAAAGACGAUUCAUGUUGGCGGAUUCAGACUUAAACCAGAUGGAAGUCUUACGGACAAAAAGGUUCCUCUGGCUAGGUCUGAGACUUACUUAACUGAACUGCUGGAAGAAGUUUGCAAUAGCAUGAGCGAUUAUGCUCUCUAUGAGGACCCGGACACCAAAGAAAAGAGUUACAAGAGAUUUGCACCAAGAGGAAAUGAUGGUGGGAAUUUUCCAGAUAUCAAAAAUUUUAAGUUUGAUGGACCAGAGAGUUCCAGCGCCUUAAAGUUUGCAUGUGAAAGCAUUGUGGAAGAGUUGGAAGAUGAUAUCAUCUCUCUCUUCGCCAGUGAGGCCGGCCAUGUGUCUAAGACUUUGUGCAGUGAAAUAUCAGGUCACUGUAAGAGCUCUGUUUUCCAGCACCGCGAACUUUAGUUUCACAUGAGCGACUGCUGAAGACCUGGAGACACUUAAAAACCUGGA